GGAAUUAAGGGAUUGUGUAUAUAGGGUUCUCAAACGACUUAAUUCAGAAAAACUGCAAGCUAGGUUGUUUCUUUGUAGUCAUCUCUCCGGAAACAAGUUUUCUUGUUGACAUUGACUUUACCAAGAAGUAGGUGGAGGAGCAUUUCGAUCAUUUCCAUUACUAAAAGAGAGAAAACAUGAGUUCUCUUCCUAUAAUGGGGACACCUUAUAGAGCAGCCAUGAGUGGAGAUUGGAGAAGCAUGCUUCACCAUUAUCAGGAACGUGUCCUAGAUGUGCCCUUGCCAAUUACGCUCUCUGCGGAUACUGCACUUCAUAUAGCUGUCUACAGCAAACAAGAGCAACCACUUAAAGAUUUACUUGGAAUCGUGAAGGAUAAUGAUUUCCUUGUACCUGAUGAGGCAGAAUUCCGUAUAACUGAUGAGACAGAGUCCCUUGAACCUGAGACAGAGUCCCUUGAACCUGAGAUAAAAUUUCUCAAGAGAAAAAACAAAUUUGGAAAUACGGCUCUUCACGAGGCAACCAUCUAUGGGAAUUAUGAGGCUGCAAAGCUCAUGGUAGAACUUUGUCCAGACCUGCUUUUGAUUCGAAAUCAUUUCGGUGAAACCCCAUUGUUUACAGCUGCUGGAUUUGCUGAGGCAGAAAUAGUGGAGUUUUUAAUCAGGUCCAAACCAGAACAAUGCGUGGAUGAUAAGUGCCGCCUGUUAUCAAUUCACCGCAAGAGAAAGGAAGAUGGCGUCUCCAUCCUCCGCCAGCGAUCGAAGGAUGGCCUGUCCAUCCUCGGCGCUGCUAUCAUAGGGCAACACUUUGAAACAGCUUUGCUGCUGCUAGAACUGGAUGAAUCGCUCCACAACUUGGAGGACAAAAUGGGCAGAACGGCCCUGAAACUUCUAGCCGAAAUGCCAACUGGUUUUGAGAGUGGAUAUCCCAUGGGCAUAUUUGAAAGACUCAUCUACAGUUGCCUUCCUGUUAUACGUCAUCACGAGGUAAAAUCACAAACUUGGUGCAGGGAAAUGAAAGAUCUUGAGAGCGGUACGCUGGGCAGCAACCUACUCAACAAUUUAAAGGUCCCCAAUGAGUCAAAAAUGAUAAGUAAUCUAUUACGUUGCAGAUUUUUGCCUCAAGGAUAUUGGCCAGCAAGGCUAGAAAGAUUCUGGAACCAGAAAAGAACGAAUGUAUUCGCUUUACGACUUGUCAAAAUCCUAAUAAAGAAAGAUGAGUCAUGGAGGAGCAUCAGCAUAACAGAGGAAGGACAAGAAGUAAAACAAACUGGUCCACCCUCAUCAACAGUUAUGCAAGGAGAACAAAAUAAAGGAAAAGAAGCAGAGCAGGGAAUGGGCGGGGGGGCAAUUAAAAAGGGAGAGAACGAGCUCUCUUAUUUGGGGCACACUUCUGAAAUCAUUAGCAAAGCAAUAGAAAUAGAAGAAGUCCCAUUGUUGAUUGCAGCUAGAAAUGGAAUAGAAGAUUGUCAAUAA